UUUCCUGUUCCGGGGUCGGUAGUGUACACUCCGUGUGUGUUUAUGUGCUUGUGUGUGUCCGUGUGUGUGAGUGUGUGUGAUGAUGAUGAUGGCGGAGCUGGUGCAGGGACAGGCCUCGGUGGCUCAGCCCGGGAUGAAGGCGGACGGAUUCACGGACCCGUUCCACCGCGCACGACAGAGUGUGGUUUGCGCUGAUGUCUUACAGAUUGCUAAGAUGGGAGGAGAGCAGAUGCAGCAUCUGAACAACUCGUCUCCAGUCGUCGAUGCCGCGCUGUACGGCUAUGGAGGGCAGAAACGCUCGCUGGACGAAGGAGUGGCUAACCAGCUCGGUGCAAUGGUACAUAGUACAAGGGCUAUAAUAACAGAAGACUUCAAAGUGCCUGAUAAGAUGGUUGGAUUCAUCAUUGGACGGGGCGGCGAACAGAUCACAAGAAUUCAGCUGGAAUCCAACUGUAAGAUCCAGAUCGCUGCUGACAGUGGAGGUAUGAUGGAUAGGCCUUGCACCCUGACUGGGACCCCAGAAAGUAUUGAGCAGGCCAAGAGGUUGUUGGGGCAGAUCGUGGACCGGUGUCGAAACGGACCGGGCUUCCAUAAUCAGAUGGACGGGAACAGCGCCGUCCAGGAGAUCCUGAUCCCGGCCAGUAAAGUCGGCCUGGUCAUCGGGAAAGGAGGCGACACCAUCAAACAGCUUCAGGAGAGGACAGGAGUAAAGAUGAUCAUGAUUCAGGACGACCCGAUGCCCACUGGAUCAGACAAACCCUUGAGAAUCACUGGAGACCCUUAUAAAGUUCAGCAAGCGCGGGAGCUGGUGGUCGAGAUCAUCAGGGACAAGGAUCAGGGAGAUUUCAGGAGCGGCCGCAGCGACUUCGGCUCCAGACUGGGCAGCAGCAUCGACGUGGCAGUGCCCAGGUUCGCAGUGGGAAUCGUCAUCGGCAGAAACGGCGAGAUGAUCAAGAAGAUUCAAAACGAUGCAGGAGUCAGGAUCCAGUUCAAGCCAGAUGAUGGGAUCAGUCCGGACCGAAUCGCUCAGGUCAUGGGUCAGCCGGACCGAUGUCAGCACGCCGUUCACCUCAUCAAUGAUCUGGUCCAUACAGCACAGGAGCGCGAUGGCUUCGGAGGGCCGGUUGGACCCAGAGGUCGUGGCAGAGGUCGCGGCGAUUGGAACAUGGGAACUCCUGGAGGCCUGCAGGAAGUGACCUACACAAUACCCGCUGAUAAGUGCGGCCUUGUGAUCGGAAAAGGUGGAGAGACCAUAAAGAACAUCAACCAGCAGUCCGGAGCUCAUGUGGAGCUGCAGAGAAAUCCUCCUCCAAACACCGACCCCAACGUCAGGAUCUUCUCCAUCCGUGGAUCUCCUCAGCAGAUGGAAAUGGCCAGACAACUGAUAGACGAGAAGAUCGGGGCGUCUGGAAUGGGAGGAAGCAGCAGUUUUGGACUCAGUCCUUUCACCCAAGGACCAGCGACUCCUCAUCAGAACGGGCCGCAGACGUUCAUGACUGGAGGUUGGGGAACCACGUACCAGACAUGGCAGCCUCAGAGCCAGCAGGACCCCAGUCACAAUGGAUCUCAGACCGGCCAGAUGGACUAUUCCAAAGCGUGGGAGCAGUAUUAUAAAAAGCUAGGUCAACAGAACCAAGGCCAGAGCAGCGGCCCUGACUACAGCAAAGCAUGGGAGGAGUAUUACAAGAAACAGACUCAGGCAGCCGGUCCUGGAUCUCAGCAGAGCUCUCCUCCAGACUACAGCGCCGCCUGGGUGGAGUAUUACAGACAGCAGGGGGCGUAUUACGGCCAGGGACAGACGCAGGCUCCCGGGCUCCCGGAUCAUUAAAGCGGGCGACUGCAGACCCUUUAGUUGAAGAUUUUUGAAUCACUGCGAGGAGGAAACAGACCUUUUGUAACAGAGGUUUCUAGAUUUGCAACGCCUUGAAGACUUUUACUUUUUUUCUUAGUGAGAAACACUAGCUGUAGAAUGACUUAUAUGAUUUAAAAAGAGAACUAUUUCUAAAUCAGGACAUCAAAUUGUUACUAAAUACUUGUGUACACCAUUAUUCGAUAUGGGCGAUUUCCGGGAUCCCUUUUGGAGCGUUUCCGAGUUGGUUUGUUUUUCUAUUCUUCCUUUUUAAAUUCAACGAUAUAUAUAUAUAGAUGUGUAUCGCCAAAACGAACCCCGGAGUCGCGGCAUUUCAUCGAUCGCGCAAUAUAAUCUCUUAUUUUUCUAGUUCUGUUGCAAUAAAAUGAUCGCGGGCUUAGCAGUCUUGAAUUCGUUAUCGUUUCGUUUUGUCAUGAAAUGUUUUAAGAAUGUGUACAAAAUGUUUUCUUUCUCUCUCUCGUGUUUUUUUUUGGUUUGUUUUGGUUCUUUUACACAAAGCAUUUUAAUUCAGUGCGAUUAAGAGAAAAACUGUGAUGUUUUUGUUACAGAAAUAUAUAUGCUUUUUUGUUACACGAGAAACGCAACGACGUCGCCGGUCGCUUCCUGAUGAUGUAACUCCUCGUACUUUGUAUUCUGUUUUCAUUGUCAUUUUAUUGUACUCUGGUUUAAGAAGGUGCAAUAUCUUAUUUCAUACUUCUUUUGAAACAAAGACGGACUUUCUCGAAUAUUUUGACAGACGUUUAACGUGUAGGUCUUAGAGGUUUUUUUUUAGUCGUAUGCAAUUGUAACGGAUAAUUUUUCUAUUGCGGUGAUCUGACGGGGAGAGGGUGGUCUUGCGUAUCGUGAGGUUGUUUUUUUGCCUUUGCUCUCUUGUAAAACUAUGUAUGUAUGCUCAGAUACUUGACUAAAUACUUUAUUUAAAAAAACAAAUAUAUAUAUAUAUAAUUAAAUCAAAGACUUUUUUGUCCUGCGUUUUUACAGGAAAACUGUCCCUGUUUUUCUGUUCUGUUUUCAUACUGAAAUUUGUCAAAGAUUGUGAAUGUGUAAUUUGAAAUUUGAUGUUGCAUCUUGCUGACGGAUGAGAAGUUUUAUGUGUGUUUCUGUAAACUUCGACUUUACAAGCGUUCAAGACUGCUAAGCCUCGGAGAGCCUACCUGUGUAUUAAUUAAUUGUAGUUUUUUAUAUUCGAAGUAUUGGAAGAUCAAACGUUCUUGUCUUAUUUGGUACCACCACCGCCGCCGCUCCCCAUCCAUCCCUCGACUUCACCAGUACACACUGUGGACUCCUGUACAGUCCCGAACCCAUAACUUUUUAAUUCUGUUUUUGCUUUCUACUCUGUGUGAUCUAAUAUAUGUAUGAUUGAUUAGUUACAAAUUGAUCUAGUAUUAACUUCAUUGCUUAAUGAAAAGGGAUAUUAUAAUUUCAAAAUGUUUAAUUUUAGUGUUUCUUUUCUUCCUCAUGUGUACAGGUAACCAUGUAUUAAAAUGAUCGAAAGACUA